CGGCGCCAUGGCGGAGCCGGCGCUGCUGCGGGAGUACGUGUCGCAGCUGGCGGCCCGCGCGGCGCAGGGGCAGCUCGCGGCCUGCGCCGACCCCGCGCUCAAGGCGCGGGCGCGGCGGCUGCUGGGCCCGGGGCGCCGCGGGGCCCUGGACGUGCGCGGCGUGGCCGAGCGCUGCCGGCGGGCGCGGGGCGGCCGCGCCCUGCGCGACCUGCUCAAGGCGCUGGAGCUGCUGGAGCUGCUCUGCGUCAACCUCCUGCUGUGCCCCUGGCGCCGGGAGAUCCGCUCCCUCAAGACCUUCACUGGGAAUUUUGUCUACUACAUCCAGCCAGUGCUACCAGAGGACAUUGUGAAAGCAGUCCUGGAGAAAAUCGGGUAUGUUGCAACCACAGCAACAGAGUUUUCACUUGUCAAAAAGAGAAACAAUGAGGAAACGAAGCAGACUGCAUUUGAGAUAUUCCUGGCAAGAAUUGAGUGUGAGGCCAUCCUGGAGAUGGCAAGUGAAGAAACACAUGGCAGUUUGGAGAAGAGCCUGCAGCAGGGAAUGCAAACACAUCGGCAUGGAGGAGAGGAGGAGGAGCAUCAGACACCCCCGGGAGGAGACGCUGAAAGUCUGGGAAGUGAAGGGAGCAGUGAGACACCUUUGUGCCUUGCCCCCCAGCAGAAGCGUUCAGCCACCUGUGCUGCAUCCUUUGAAGCUGCUGGGAAUGUGAGGAUGGCAAGGGAGGUGGCUCAGCCAGCAGCUGCUGCAUCCCCUGGCAGCCUCCAGGAGCACCAGAGGCAAAGCAUCGACACUGCACAUCUCCCAGGCAAGGGCUCAGACAGCGAGGACUUCCUGAUCAAAUACAGUGACAUUGUCAUCGCACAAACACCCAUCUUCAGUGAGAGUCUCUCUCCCAAGGCUUUGGAAAAGGAGCCCAGAGCCAGGCUGAGUGAGGAGUGUGCCUUGGCAGGGGCUGUAGACUUGGCUGCACGAGCGCUGGGGCCUGCACCUCUGUCCCCAGGAGCCAGCGGCCCCCCAGCCUUUGCCAUGUUUGCUGACAGCUCCUGUGACAGCAAAACCACCUUGGAGUUUGAAGCUCCAGGAGUCCCAGAAGGAUCAAUUGAAGCAGAAAUUAAUGAUGCCAUAAAUUGCAUAGACCCAGCUCCUGGUGAUGAGCCCACUGAGCUGAAGUCUCUGCCCUACAAGGACUUUGCCUCUGCCCAAACCUGCAGCAUCCCCAAGGAAGAGGAUGUUUGUGAGCUGUCAUUGACCUUCACAGAACUACAAAUCAAGGAUGCCCAGGAAGAACUUAUGUAUCCAGUAGAGGAAAGUGGCCAGCCUGAGGCAAUGGCCUAUGCAGGAGGAAGUGACAGGCACGUUAGAGAUUUCAGUCACUCCCAAAUAAAACAUACAUACCUGACUGAUGCUGAGCUGCACAAGAGAGCAGCACCACACCCUGAGCCACCUUCAGGUCUGUGCUGUACUGCUGGGCACCCAGAGGAUUCCACUGCUGGUUCUGACUGCAAGAGGCUGUUCAUGGAUCCUGCUAAGGCACACGUGGCUUCUGAGUGCUUCAGGCAUGUCAGAGAGCCCCCCAACCUCACCUACAUCCCCCCCCAGAGCAUAGAUGUGCGGCCCUCACGCGGGGGCAGGAGGGGCCUGGGGCAGCCUGCAGGUGACGCUGCUGGAGGCAGGGGAGGGAAGCUGGAGCACUGUAAUUCCCAAGAGACUGACAGCCAGGAGCCUUAUGUCAUCAUUGACAGAACAGACCAGGCAGUGCUGUGCCAUCACACCUGAGUCUGCAGUGCUUUAUCUGUCAUUACCUGGGGGGAUUGUCCUCUCACCUGUGGCCUUGAUCCUGUUGUCAGGGAGGUGAUUAGCUUUUCUGUCACAACAGUUCUAAAAAUACCCAAACCACAUCACUGCUUUGGGACAGUAAAUAGCAGGAGUUACACAAAUUCCUAAUGGUUCCUUUCACAAGGAAACAUGAAUGGUCACCUUUUUAGAGGGUAGGCAGUCUUCUAUAAAUUUAAAUCCAUUUAAUUAAUCGGUCAGAUUCCUUUUGGCUGUUCUUAAUGCCAUACAUGUUUCUUCAGCUGGGCAUCCUACUUCUCUUUUUUCCCUUCACAGACCUAUUCCUUCAAUACUCUUCCAGUACAAGGUAAAUCCUUCUAAACUGGAAGAAGUUUAGAAAUGCCAUACUGGACUGUACUCCUUAACUUUCUGCAUUCCUUUGAAGCUGUGUCUGAGCUAAUCUUCCUCCUGACUUCAGCUGAAAACAGGUUUAGAAAGUUUGAUUACAUUCCUUUAGCUUUAAAGAGGGAAACAGCUCUGUGAACACUUCGUUUUGUAGCGGCAUUAACCUGUGCUAUAGUUUUUAUAUCUAACCAAUAUAUAACCAUUUGUUACCAAAGUAUUUUGUGGCCACCACAAUUUCCAAGAGAAGCCUUGAGCAUUGUAACUGUUCACUGCCACCAGCAGAGAGAGGUCCAGCUAUGGCUGCCAUUUCCCUUGCCCCUGCUCCUGACACUUAAUUCUGCACAGAAUUUUUCUGCAGGCCGGUUCAUCUCUCUAAAACGAAAAGAAAAAAAUCUCAUUCUUCACCAUUUUAAUAGCAGGGAAAAAAAUCUGCUCAGAGAAGGAUCCUGGUGAGCAGCAGGGGCAGGAUCAGGGAUAACCUGCAGGUGGGAGUGCUGUGUGGAAAGCUCAGGAGUGUUGGAUCACCUGGAAGCUGGGCUCCCAGCACGGAGAGCCUGUGUUACACACAGCUCUAAAUUCAUUUAGGAAAGCACACUGCUGCACUGCUUAGGCACAGUCUCCAGUGCUAUUUCUACAAAUACCUUUAGAGGGUGGUGCCCAGCAGCAGGACAAGGAGCAAUUUCCAUAAACUAAACCACAAAAAAUUUCAUCCCAACAUGAGGAAGAACUUGUUUUCCUGCAGGGGGCAGAGCCCUGGAGCUGAUGCCCAGGGAGGCUGUGGAGUCUCCCUCUCUGGGACAUUCCAAACCUACCUGGACAUGCUCCUGUGUCACCUGCUCCAGGUCACCCUGCCUGGGCAGGGCUUGGGCUGGGUGACCUCCAGAGGCCCCUUCCGACCCUAAAAAUUCUGGGAUUCUAUGAUAUACUUGUUAACCAGAAAGGCACUUUAAUACUGCUUCAAGUAGCUUUUUCAGUAGCACUGAAAUGUGUGCUGGUUUGGGCUGGGGCAGAGUUAAUUUUCUUCACAGUGGCUAAUACAGAGCUCAGUUCUAAUUCCUGAAAAAUUCCUUUUAUGUACAAUUAAAAUAUUAGCUGAAACUAA